AUGAAGUGGUCUACAGCCAAUUUGAAAAAUCCAAAUUAUACGGAAAAUCAUGAAUUAUACGUUGGCACUAGUACCGGUACUUUCAAAAGAUUUGUACCUGCUUUUGAGCAGAAACCCUUCGGCCAGCGCAACUUGUACGAUAUUAAUCAGCUUGAAAGGAAUGACCGGGUUACUGCGUUGUCUUUUGGGCUUGAUACAUCGGAAAUCUUUAUCGGACGAGCAAAAGAAAAUGUUCACAUACAUUCUUUACGUAGCGACAAAGUUGAGCGCAUAAUUAAUCUAAAUUAUGCGCCUGUUGUAGGUUUGGCACGCUUUAAUGACUACUUAGUGGCUGGAUUUUCCAAUGGUCAAGUGCAGCGUGUGCCGCUUGAAGAUAAAUCCGAAACAGAGUGCAUCGUUAAUAGUGGUGAUGAUAUGGCACAUUUACGUCAAUGCCCCUCAGAUCGUAACUUAGUAGCAACAGGUGGUAAAGGACGUCAAAACAAUUUAAAAAUUUUCGACAUGGCGGCUGAUGGCAAACAAGUUUUUACUUCAAAAAACUUGCCUAAUGAUUAUCUGCAGUUGGAAGUGCCUGUGUGGGAUAGUGAUGUUGGCUUUAUAGAUUCACCACAUACACUUGCAACUUGUUCCCGUUAUGGAUAUGUGCGAGUAUAUGACACACGGAAACAGCGACGACCGGUACAAUGUUAUGCCACUGAAGAUCAAAUGAGUUUCUCGACCUUAGUGACCCACGGAAAUUACAUAUACACAGGCACCACAAUGGGUGUGAUGAAGGCCUUCGACAUUAGGCGCAUGCAGAGUUUUGUGCACACAUAUAAAGGCUUCACAGGUGCUAUCAGUGAUGUUUCCUUAGACAGUACUGGUAAAUACUUAGCCUCAGCUUCGUUAGAUCGUUAUGUGCGUGUACACCAUGUAGAUUCGACUGUGCUGCUGUAUCAGUGUUAUGUUAAAUCAAAAGCUACACGCGUUUUAAUACGCGAAUCUGCGGAGAACCCUAACUCCACAGCCGCUGAAGCAGCAGAAGACGAUGUGAAUGAAAUGGAAAGCACGAAAAAACUACAUAUAAAAAAAAAAGAUACUAUCCCGGAGGAUAAAGAGUAUGAGGACAUCUUCGAAAACAUGCAGACGAUUUGUGAAAACGACGAGGAGGAUGAUGUUUCAGACAGUGAAGACGUAGAGAAUACAACUAAAGAAAAUGAUAAACUGGCUAAAGUGGGGGCUAAACGAAAAGCGGAGAAAGGACUUGCUGAAAACAAAAAGAAGAAAGAAUAGAAUUUGAAACUUACUUUACAUAGGUUUAAAUAUGUAUAUAAAAUAUAUGUAACGUAGGAUUAGAUGAAAGUUGUAAUUCGAAAAUAAAAACUUUAUUCUUUUUUAUUAAAAAU